CAAAACUAUGGGGAAAUCUUUGAAUAGUUGUUAUUCAUGGAUUUUUAAGGCACAAAUAUUGUGGUCUGUCCUACUUGAGAUUAAAUUGGAGCGAAUGUGGCCCACGAACUAAAAUGAUCUUUACACCCCUGCUCUACACUAAAAAAAAACUGCAGCUGAACCGAGACCAGCCAACCUAUCAUAUUACUGUCGGCCUACUGUAUUAAUAAUAAUUCAAUUCCCUUCCAAUUCUAUUUUUCAUAUCAAUUGUAGUUCAAGCAGUGGCGGGCCGUGCAUUUUAUACCUUCAGUGUGUACUUACCUGACUUAAUCCACCUCAUUGUACCACCACUAUCACGUUGCAAUUACAUGCAGUAGAAACCGUCAAUACUAACCAAAAACGCAAUGUAACAGCAUGCAACUGCGCCAGGCUCUCCUUUUGUUUCACUUGUACUGAGCAGCGGCAUGUGGGAUCUAAAGCUCGCUCAUAACUACAAUUUUGGUUCACAACACAAAGUGGAAAUACAACCAAGUGAGGACUCGUAACUCGAACAACUUAAGUUAAGUUGGGGCAAUCAUAAGUCUCGGUACCACUAUUGACUUACGAGUUAAUGUGUUCUUUGACUGGGCUCUUAACUCAAUUUACUCAAAUCUCAAAUUGUGAUGUGGUGGCAUUAUAAAGUAUUGGUACUUGAUAUCGGCGAGUAAUCAAAUGUAAGUACUUGUACUUAGUCUGAAAAAAAGUGGUAUCGGUGCAACCCUUGUUAAAGGCAUUCAACACAUUAUUUUUUUUAAUGGAAUGCAGUCACGCAAUCCUCCUUUUGUUCAGGGUCACAGGAAAUCUGGAAACAAUCUCAUCUGAAUUAAACUGAAAGGUGACCUCCAGCCUGCACUGAUCACCAGUCAAUCACUGGGAUGACACGUAGAGGCAGCCAACCAUUCACAUCUACAGCUUUGCAAUACAAAGCCUCCUCACCUGGAGCACAGUGGGCAGAAAGCUCCUUGAAUCCAUCGCCCGCAGUGUGCACUGGACCAACUGCAGUGGGAAGAGAUCACCUCAAGGUGUGAGUACUCCAGCUUUUUCGACUGUCUGAUUCCAAGAAGGACAACAUUGCUGUUGCUGCUGAUGGAUGGGAAAUGAGCUAAGUGGUGCUCUUCAUGCAACCUGAUCCUUUUGCUGGCCCUGCAGGUCCAAACAGCAUCCUGAAAUACUGCAACAUCUCAAAUAGAGAAAAGGAUGCUCCUCUCCUGUGAAUCAGUGCUGUUGGCCACAGUACUGACUUGUGUCUGGGCUCAAGAUCUGCAUUAUAACAGAAGAGCCAAAUCUCGCACAAAACCACUGGCUGCAAAUAUGUAUGAUGGGCAAGCCAUCCUGGAUGAGGACUGUAGCUUGGAGCUCUCCUUUCUACUGGACAGCUCUGAGAGUGCCAAAGACAACCAUGAGCAGGAGAAGCAGUUUGCUAUGAAUUUGGUAGACAAACUCCAAGGCCUGAAACUGCAGACAGGCCGCAGUUUGAGCCUAAGGGUGGCCCUGCUCCAGUACAGCAGUACAGUCAUCACAGAGCAAAGAUUUAAUGACUGGAGGGGCAUAGAGAACUUCAAGAACCGCAUUGCUCCCAUUGUUUACAUCGGCCAUGGAACCUACACCACGUACGCCAUCACCAACAUGACCAAGAUCUACCAAGAGGAAUCCAGCCCGGGCAGCAUUAAAGUAGCUGUGCUCCUCACUGAUGGCUCCUCCCACCCGAGGAACCCGGAUAUUUUCUAUGCUGUCGCCGAGGCCAAGAACCAGGGCAUCAAGUUCUUCACUCUGGGCAUUACCCGCACCGCCAACGAGCCCGUCAAUGUGGCUCAGCUCCGCAUCCUCGCCAGCUCUCCUACAUCCCACUUCCUCCACAAUUUGCAAGACAAGGACAUAGUUGAAAAUAUAGCCACUAAGAUUAGUGACCUGGCUGAUGAAGGAUGCCCAUUGACUCAGAAAUGUGCCUGUGAGAAAGGCGAGAGGGGGCCCAGUGGGCCUGCGGGGAAGAAAGGUCGUCCAGGAGAAGAGGGAGCCCCCGGGCUGAAAGGGCAAAAGGGUGAAGCAGGAAUAAGUGGUCUACCCGGGCGGGACGGUGCUGAGGGAAAAUCAGGUUACAAAGGAGAGCAGGGUGAAAGGGGAGAGUGCGGCACUCCAGGAAUCAAAGGAGACAGGGGUCCUGAGGGUUUGAUUGGUGUAAGAGGACUUAGAGGACUGCAGGGUCUACCAGGACCACAUGGAGACAUUGGACCAGAAGGCCCUCAGGGAAAGCACGGAGAACGUGGAUCACCCGGCCCUCCAGGUAUUCAGGGGGAAACUGGCAUUGGAAUACCUGGGCCAAAAGGUGACAUGGGAUUCCAGGGCCGCCCAGGUCCUCCUGGUCCUGCAGGCCUUGGGGCACAUGGUCCACCAGGACCUCAAGGGCCACAAGGUGUUCAAGGGGGAAAAGGACCGACUGGUGAGGGCCUUCCUGGACCAAAGGGGGAUCGCGGGCUUCCAGGACCGAGGGGAUCGAGAGGACAACAGGGUGCAGGAAUUAAAGGAGAACAGGGGGAACUAGGUCCCCCAGGUCCUCCAGGGCCCACUGGGCUGACAGGAGUGGGCAUACAAGGAGAGAAGGGAGUUGAGGGUCCAAGGGGUCCACCAGGAGUAAGAGGGCUUCCAGGAGAGGGUUUGCCUGGACCCAAGGGGGACCAAGGUUUACCUGGAGAACAGGGAUCUCCAGGAGAGAGAGGCAUUGGUGAAUCUGGUCCAAAGGGAGAACCUGGAUCUGCUGGUUUAGGUGGCUUACCUGGUCUUCCAGGAGAAGAUGGGGCGCCAGGGCAGAAGGGGGAGCCUGGGUUACCAGGUUCAAGAGGUUCUGAGGGACCUCCAGGAAUUGGGACUCAAGGAGAGAAGGGGGACCAGGGUCUGAGGGGUAUCCGAGGGUUACAUGGACCUCCAGGGAUCUCAGGACACUCUGGUCCAAAGGGUGAACGUGGGGUACCAGGUCACCAGGGCAUUCCAGGGCAACCAGGACGAUCCAUAACUGGUCCAAAGGGAGAUCUUGGUCCCUCUGGUCCACCUGGACCAAUUGGGGAAACAGGCCUUGGACUUCCAGGUCCAAAGGGUGAUAGAGGUUAUACUGGUCCACAUGGUCAACCUGGGCCAAAAGGAGAAGGCACCCCAGGACCUUUGGGCCCCCCAGGAAUUCCAGGGUUACCAGGAGAACCAGGCCCAGAGGGUAUAGGAAUUCCCGGACCUAAGGGUGACAUUGGAUUUCGAGGAUUGCCAGGUUUACCUGGCCCACCUGGAGAGGGAAUACAAGGACCCCCAGGUAAUGUUGGGAGGGCAGGACCUCCUGGCCCAAAUGGACCACCAGGAGUGGGUAUUCAAGGACCAAAGGGGGAUCCUGGAGCCCAAGGUAUGACCGGACCAAGAGGGCCGAGAGGAGAUGGGUUCCCUGGCGCUAAAGGUGACCGUGGGUCUCAGGGUGAGAGGGGAAUGAAAGGUGCAGAGGGAGAUCUGGGAGAUCCAGGAGUGCCUGGCGAAGCAGGAAAACCAGGAACAAAAGGAGACGCGGGCCUCACACGAGAGGACAUCAUUAAACUCAUUAAAGAAAUAUGUGGAUGUGGCGUCAAGUGUAAAGAAAGGCCAAUGGAACUCGUCUUUGUGAUCGACAGCUCAGAGAGUGUUGGCCCUGACAAUUUUGAAAUCAUCAAAGAUUUUGUCACCAGGCUGGUGGACCGGACCACGGUGGGACGCAAUGCAACGAGAAUCGGCCUUGUCCUCUACAGUCUGGAUGUCCAUUUGGAGUUCAACUUGGUCCGCUACACGAACAAACAAGAUGUGAAGCAGGCGAUCCGAAAGAUGCCUUACAUGGGGGAGGGUACCUAUACUGGCACCGCCAUAAGAAAAGCCACACAGGAGGCUUUCUACAGCGCCCGGCCCGGGGUCAGGAAGGUCGCCAUCGUCAUCACCGAUGGUCAGACUGACAAGCGAGAGCCCGUUAAACUUGAUAUUGCCGUGAGAGAGGCUCAUGCAGCAAAUAUUGAGAUGUACGCUCUGGGGAUCGUCAAUUCCUCGGAUCUGACGCAGGCGGAGUUUCUGAGAGAACUCAACCUCAUUGCCUCUGACCCUGAUAGUGAACACAUGUACCUUAUUGAUGACUUCAACACUUUGCCAGCACUGGAGUCUAAAGUCAUCAGCCAGUUCUGCGAGGAUGAAAAUGGUGCCCUCAUCUAUAAUCGCAUUGCAAACGGGCACUGGAAUGGCAACAAUGGACUCAGUAUUAAUGGUAACAAUGGAUAUGGACAGCAUAGCAAUGGAUACAACAAUGGCUAUGGAAAAAACAAGAAUGAAGUAAAUGGGAAUGGUUACCAAGAGGCGGUCACAAAUGUGAGACGUACCAACAGCCGAGGCCGUGGGGACACUUUCGCACUGCCCAUCAGUGCUGAUCCACUCCCUAGUCAGAUGGAAGAAGACGAAGACGGUGAAGAUUUAGACUUGAGGGCCCAUGUGAGGGCCAGCGGCAGCGUGGUUGUAGUGAACAAAACAGCCUCUUUGUUACAUGUGAAGGAACGCGCUGUGUCCAAUGAGGCAGUCUUAUCACCUUCAUCAUCCUCCUCCGCUGCAGGAUCUUCAUCUAAACUGGGUUCCAGUUCUUCCUUAAAUUCUAAUCAGCUGCAGGCAGUAGCAAGUCCAGUACUUCCUGAAGUUCCACUUCGCGAUCCCCGCUGUAACCUCAGUUUGGACCAAGGCACCUGCAGAUCAUACAACAUCCGCUGGUAUUAUGAUAAGCAGGCUAAUUCCUGCGCACAAUUUUGGUAUGGAGGCUGCGCUGGAAAUGACAAUCGAUUUGAAACUGAAGAUGAAUGCAGGAAGACUUGUGUUAUAUUGAAGACAGCAGGAUAAAAGUAAAAGAAGAAAUGUGGAAAGUUUACAAUACAAUCAAUGUAUGGUGACAUUUUUUUUAUAUAUCCAAGCAAGAUAUGGCCAUAUUGCUGAUUCAAGCGAGUAAAUGACUGACAUUUUGAAUUUGAAAAAGAAAAUACUAAUAUAAUUCCUGGUCAACGUGACACUAUCUAAGCUCAACUAGACGCUAUACAUACAGCAUCUUUACAUCUCUGAGCAAUAUGCUUUACUUUGACUGAAAUCUACACUGCACAAUAACAAUGGUGAGACAUUUCUUUGUACUGUUUUAUUUCAGUGUCUGGUGUCAAGUUGUAAUUGGCAGCUGCAAUAUAGGUACACUUAUUUUUAAGUAAUGUGGAGUAGUCUACUGAAGUUGUCAUUAGGCGAGAUGUGAUCCUGCUCUCCUUUUCAAUGUGUUUAUAAUCCCUCCAUGAAACAUGUCACAAUUUGGGCUGUGUGUGACUGUUUUAAUAAAUGUCUUUAUUUGUGUUUUUAUUAAUAAAAGAAUAAAACUGU